UAGAGUGUCCGAGAGACUGUUGUGAAACCUCAUAUAAAUACGUUAUUAGCAUAAAUCGUUCUGAACAGUCAGAAAUGAAGCCCCAAACAGGACGGAUCGUCGUUAAGAGCAGUUCCCUGAGCUUGCUAUAUGCAUUUCUGCCCCUGAUGAUAGAUGCAGUUUGCGGGAGAGCUCAGUAUGCCUCACCUUAUGGCAAUGCUUAUGCAAUUUCCACAACCAACUACGCCCAAUCGUAUUCCCCACCUCCAGAAGUGCAAUCGAUAUGGUCAGGUUCUCCAAUCAUAGUGAAUGAUAAUCAGUAUAGGGCCCAAGAACAGCAGCAAUAUCCUAAAAACAAUGAUUACUAUGGAAGAGAACCCUAUAGGCAGCAACCCUAUCCAAAUUGGCGAAGAGAGGAGCUACCAGUAACGCGUGCUGCCAAUCAUAACUACAACAAUGUGCCAGGAUAUUUUUAUUACCAACAACAGGAAACUACUCCAUCCCCACUAUUUCAAUAUAACCAACCCAUUCCACCUGAACUCCAACCAUAUCCCCCAUCCAAUUCCGAAUUGGAUUCCAGUGAUUCUCGUCGCGAGGAGGAGCAAGUGGUUCAGAUAGGAGGCAGUCGGUCUCUGGCCACAAAUAACUAUCAAAACAUUUAUAAUAACAAUGAGAACUUCUAUGAACCCGCUCAACCCUGGAGGCGUCGUGAUUUUCAGGCCAAAUAUGCCCAACAUUAUGCCGAAUAUUUGCGUAAAUAUCCCAGACGCCUGCAGCCAGUAUACAACACCAGCGAAGAUUUCGAUGAGAAGUAAAGGAAUACUCUAUGAAUUUUAGUCAGUGCAAAAGCCAAAUUGAAUAAAUCCCCUCAAGAGCCAUUGGACUUUUGGUUGAAAGCGUGCCAAGAAAACAAUUUGGUCUGUAUUUUGGACAGAUCCAUUGCAGCUGAUAAAGUUUAAAAUGCAGCUGCUGAAGAGUCAGUAUAUAAAUACAGUAAAUAUUGGUUUCCCGCAAA